UCUUCGGUUUUCUUCCUUAUUUUAACCCCUAAAGUUCCGUUUCCUGUCGAUUUUACUUUGCUAUCAAAAUGUUCAGAAUGUUCUUCAAGCCGAAGUUCUAUACAAAAUGCAAAUCUUGCGUCAAGAUGACGAAGACUCGUCUGGAUACAAUUCGGAAGAAGAAGAAAGUCGUUCUCAAGUUUUUGAAGAACGAUAUUGUUGAACUUCUCAAGAGCCGUCUCGAUUACAAUGCUUACAACAGGGCUGAAGGGUUUCUUGUUGAGCAAAAUGUCUUGAGAUGCUAUGAUCUGAUUGAUGAGUUUUGUGGGACAAUCUUCAACCACAUUUCUGUCUUGAAUAAGGAGAGCGAAUGCCCCGACGAAUGCAAAGAAGCGGUUGCGUCGUUGAUUUACGCUGCAGCGAGAUUCUCCGACUUGCCUGAAUUGCGAGUGCUCCGAAGUCUCUUCACUGAGAGAUAUGGAACUUCUUUUGGAUCAUUUACUAACAAAGAGCUUGUUGAGAAGUUGAGGGCAGUGGCUCAAACUAAAGAAACAAAGCUUCAGCUACUCCAGGAGAUAGCACAGGAAUCCGCCAUUGAUUGGAAUUCCAAAGCUCUGGAACAGCAACUGUAUGUUCCUCCACAAAAUGAACUAGUUCGUGAACGGAGUACAUCCACCAAUCGAAGCAAAAGUAAGAUCGUUUCCGUUCCGGUGUACGGUAGAACGACGAACUCACCAAAAAAAAAGGACAAUAGUGACGACGAUUCCAUCUUCGAUAGUAGAAGUGAAGGCAACACAACCGAAACCUCGAUGGGAGAUAGUAGUACCGAUCAAGAUGUUCAUAAAGGUAUUGUUUCAGAGGAUGAAGUAGAAGAUCAGAAACCCUUCUACCUUAGAUUUAUCACACCUCCCUACCUUAAAACAAAGCCUACCAAAAAGGAAGAAAAUGUGGAGGAACCUCAAAACGUUACUGAAGAGAAGCGAAACAAUCCAAAGACAACCACAGAAGAGAAGCCGAAACCGAGAUCGGUGAGGCGAAGACAUGCAAAACCACAGCCUGCAAGGAGCAUCAACAUCGAUGAUUCUGGUGGUUCGGCAGCCGACGGUGCAGGAAAGAUUAGUUCAGGUCAAAACAAAGGUAAAGAAGCCAUGACAGGAGAAGAAAAAGGUGAAGAGGAUGAUGAGGAAAGGAUGUUAGAUGGGCUUUUGAAGAUAUACAGUAAGAAGAAUACAAGACAGGAAGACAAAGACAAUGCCGAACCUCAAAGGCCCAAAAACACAAGAACUGAGGAUGCUUAUGUCCCAGCCAAAUCAUUGUCACUUCCCACAGCCCGAACCGAGCCGAUCGAGCCAGUGAAAAAGCACGCUAGAGCCAAUUCCUACGUUCAUCCAAAGCUCCCGGACUACGACCAGCUCGCAGCUCGGUUUGCAGCGCUCAAAGAGAAGUAAACAAUGUCGAAAUCGAACUAGACCAAUUGCACACCUGCAAUUACAAUGUGUAGCUUGAAGAAAAGGCAGUAAAAUUGAUGUAAAAAGGGUGUAAUAUGAUGAUGAUCCACGUUGAUUGUGAUAUUUUCAGAGCCAUUUUUUAGUCAAGUUUAAUCUUGGUUACAAGAACAUGAAGUAAUUGGGUUGUCGGAGAAUCUACGACAAGAAGGAAGACAACAUCGGGAGUCGUUAAUUCAAAGGAUUUCAUGAUUGGUCCACUCCCUGUUAUUCUUCCCCCACUUUAUUCUUAAACAAA